AUGGAAGAACAACAACAACAACCCGCCUCCUCCCUCGCAACAGCCUUCCCCUCCCCUCCCCCCUUCUGGAAAUCCUUCACGCCCGAAAACACCGCUCAGAUCGCCACUCUCCGUUCCGCCGAACUGUCAUACCCGCGCCAGGCACAAGAUCCAGCGAAGCAGGUGCCGGUGCGGAUACUGGAUCUGCCUGCCGAGUUGCGGGACCUGCAGCCGCCUGAGCCGCCGGCGGAUGGCGUGUAUAGGUGUUUUGGGGAUUUGUUUAGGCUCGAUGAACCGCUCCCUACGUUACAAGCUCUUGGAUUGGAACAAUUGUAUACACCGCCUGGGACGCCGAAUGGGAAUGGCAAGCAUGCCGAUCGGGCGUUUAUACUGAAGCGGAUGGCGAAAUCGCUGUUAUUGAAUUUCUUGGAGCUGGUGGGGAUUAUGAGUAUUGAUCCCGAGCAGUACGCUGAGAAAGUCGACCAUAUCAAAACCCUCUUCGUGAAUUUCCACCACCUGCUCAACGAAUACCGUCCACAUCAAGCUCGGGAGAGUUUGAUUCUGAUGAUGCAAGAUCAGUUGGACCGGUCGCGGGCUGAGACGAAGGGGAUUAGGGAGAUGAAGGUGAAGGUGGAGACUAUUCUAGAGGGAUUAGGUGCGGGUUUGGAGCUGGAUAAGGGAGUUUUGGAGGGUGUGGUGGGGAAGAAAGAGGAGAGGAAGGUAGUUGAGGAGGGGAAGGAUGUUUGGGACGAGUUGGAGAGGAAGUUUGGUGUUGCUUGA